AUGGCCUCGCACUCUCUAGAGGUUUAUGGAAAAGGAACGGGUGUGUGGUUUCCUGACAAUAGAGAAGGCUGGAUAAGUGCUCAAUUAAUUACGAAAGAAGUGAAUGGUGAUAAUGUAAAAUUGACCUUUAUAGGCGAUGAGGGGAAGGAAAUUGUCAUUACGACAACCUUGACUAAACUUGCUCAAACAAAUAAUGCUGAAUUGCCUCCUUUGCGUAACCCUCCCAUGCUUGAGGCUGUCGAUGACUUGACAAGCUUGAGUUAUCUUAACGAACCAGCAGUCUUGAUCGCCAUGAAUCCAUUUCAGUCAGUUAAUUUAUAUUCGCAAGACAUUAUUAAUGCUUAUUCUGGAAAACGCCGUGGAGAAUUAGAGCCUCAUGUAUUUGCUAUUGCUGAAGAUGCUUAUCGGUGCAUGAUUCGUGAUGAAAAAAAUCAGACAAUUGUUGUAUCAGGAGAAAGUGGUGCUGGAAAAACUGUUAAUGCAAGAUUUAUCAUGAGAUACUUUGCUUCUGUUGAUGAUAAAGAAAAAAUACAAGGUGAUAAGAAACCAAAUAGUGGAUCUGGCAUGAGUGAAGUAGAAGAACAACUUAUGGCUACUAAUCCUAUUAUGGAAUCUUUUGGUAAUGCUAAAACAACAAGAAAUGACAACAGUUCCCGUUUUGGUAAAUACCUCGAGAUUCAAUUCGACAGUCAACAAAAUAUUAUUGGUGCAAGGAUUAGAACCUAUUUAUUGGAACGUUCAAGAUUAGUUUAUCAGCCUGAGAGUGAAAGAAAUUACCAUAUUUUUUAUCAAUUAUGUGCUGGUGCGCCUCCGUCUGAAAAGAAAAAUCUUGAACUUGGUGAUUUUAGUCAAUUCCAUUAUUUACGUCAAGGUGGUAUUGGUACGAUAAACGGUGUUAAUGAUGCGGAUGAAUUUGAAACUACGCAAAAAGCCUUAUCCACGAUAGGUGUUACAAUUGAACUACAAUGGCAGAUUUUCAAACUUUGUGCUGCGCUAUUGCAUAUUGGUAAUAUUCAGAUUACUGCAAGCCGAAAUACGGCCAUGGUAUCUGAUACUGAUCCGGCUCUAGUUACUGCGACAAAAUUGCUUGGUAUAAAAUUGGAGGAAUUUAGAAAAUGGAUUGUAAAAAAACAAAUUGUUACUAGAUCAGAAAAAAUUGUUACAGACUUGAAUAUACAGCAAGCUAGUGUUGUUAAGGACUCUGUUGCAAAAUAUAUUUAUGCAAAUCUGUUUGAUUGGUUAGUGACCAUAAUUAAUGGGUGUUUAUCCAAUGAUGAGAGGACAACGAGUAUAAAAAGUUUUAUUGGUGUUCUUGAUAUUUAUGGGUUUGAACAUUUCAAAAAAAAUUCAUUUGAACAGUUUUGCAUCAACUAUGCUAAUGAAAAAUUGCAACAGCAGUUUAAUCAACACGUCUUUAAACUAGAGCAAGAGGAAUACAUGCGAGAGAAAAUUAAUUGGACAUUUAUUAACUUCAGUGAUAAUCAACCUUGCAUUGAAUUAAUUGAAGGCAAAAUAGGAAUUCUUUCUCUUUUAGAUGAGGAAAGUCGUUUACCGGCUGGUACCGAUGCUUCUUGGUGCCAAAAACUUUUUAAAAAUUUUGAUACCCCUCAAUACAAGCAAUAUUUCCAAAAACCUCGAUUCUCUAACACUGGAUUUAUAAUUUCUCAUUACGCGCAUGACGUUACUUAUGAAUCGGAAAAUUUCUUGGAAAAGAACAGGGAUACAGUGCCUGAUGAACAUUUAGCAUUGUUGAAGAGCUCCGAGUUUGAAUUUUUAGAAGAUGUUUUGACAAAAGGUGCCCCCGUAAGUUCUCCCACCACUGCCAAGUCCGAUGGAAAACGAUCGAGCAGUUCUUUAAUCAGUCUCAUGGAAACUAUUAAUUCAACCGAUGUUUCUUACAUUCGAUGCAUCAAGCCUAAUGAGGCUAAAGUCGCAUGGAGAUUUGAGCCUCAAAUGAUCCUCAGUCAGUUGCGUGCUUGUGGUGUUCUUGAAACAAUCAGAAUUAGUUGUGCAGGUUAUCCCUCUCGAUGGACUUUCGAUGAAUUUGUUCAAAGAUAUUACAUGUUGGUUCGUUCAUCGCAAUGGGGACCUGAAGCUAGAAAACUAUGUUCAAUUAUUUUGGAUGCUUCAAUUAAAGAACCGGACAGAUAUCAAGUCGGAAUUACUAAGAUCUUUUUCCGUGCUGGUAUGCUUGCUUAUUUGGAGAGGCUUCGACUCGACAGGCUAAACGAAUGUGUAACAUUAAUGCAAAAGAAUAUGUUAAGACAUAUGCAUCAAAAGAGGUACCAACAAUUGAAAGCAGUAACUAUCAAAGCUCAAGCCUUAAUUAGGAAACGUAAAGCCAUGCGGGAUCUUAAGCUCCUUCGUGAAGAUAGAGCUGCUGUCAUGAUCCAAAAAUAUUGGAGGCGAUACAUUCAACAGAAACGCUACUUGCGUGCUAAGAAGGCAAUAUAUAAAUUACAGCUUUGUGUUCGUGGUGUUAUUGCAAGGCGCAAGUACAAGGCUCUCCGAAGAGAAGAUUCAACAACAAGAAUUCAAUCUGUAUAUCGUGGAUGGGUUGUGCGUCGUGAAUACAAGAAGACUAUUAGACUCGUUAUUUUUAUUCAAUCUUGCAUUCGUAGACGUCUCGCAAGAAAAGAACUCAAGAAAAUGAAAAUCGAAGCUCGUUCUGCCUCUCAUUAUAAAGAGGUUUCAUAUAAACUUGAAAAUAAAGUUAUCGAACUCACCCAAAACUUGGAGCAAAAGAGUCAAGAAAAUAAAGCCCUUGAACUUAAAGCUUCUACAUUAGAAGGAAAUGUACGAACUUGGAUGGAGAAAUAUAAAGAGUUGGAGUCAGAUUCAAAAACUUUCAAACAAACAACCAAAGAAGCUACUGUUGCCAUUGAUGAAUUUAAAUCUUUACAAUCAGAAAAGGAGGCACUCGAAUUUCGAUAUCAUACUUCUCUUGAAAGUAUCAAAAAAAAGGACACUGAAAUUCAACGGCUCACAGGUGAAGUUAAUCAAAAAGAUGAAGAAGUUACCAGACUCCGUGAUGCCAUGAAAAAUAGGACCGAAGAUCCUGCUACAGUACUUAAACUGAAACAAGAGAUUGCCACUUUAAGAGAACAAUUAGCUAAAGUUAAAAGUGGUGUUAAUAACUCGACUCCUCCAUCUUCGCAUCGUCCAACAGAAAAUGGAUUCUUGACAUCAGCAGGCACCGCAACACUUAAACCUCCAUCAAAACGAAGAACUCGGCGACAUAGUUCGGCUGAAUCAUGGGGUCCAAAUGAAGUUACCAAACGUAAACCUAAAACUUCUAUUGAUUUAAUAAUGGCAGAAAAGCCAGGUUUAAGACCUGCAUCAAUUUCAACUACUCACGUGAGUAUACCAAAAAUCAAGACUCCAGGGGGACGUGUAUACGGAGGUGAUGAACCUGAAGAACAGAUCAUGAAACUUCUUGAAGAUGAUGAAGCACUUGAUGAUGAGAUUAUCAAUAGAUUAAUCAAAUCCUUAAAGAUACCUCUUCCAAGUUUGCAAAAUCCACCAUCCCAAAAAGAAAUAUUGUUCCCAGCUCGAAUUAUCAGUCUUAUAGCGAAGCAAAUGUGGAAAUAUGGGUUUAUAAAAGAGUCCGAAAGGUUAUUUGCUAACGUUAUGAAAACCAUUCAGGAACAUGUCAUGGAUUUUGAAGGAGAUGAUGCAAUUCUUCCAGGAGCAUAUUGGCUCUCUAAUGUGCACGAAUUAUUGUCAUUUGCUACUGCUGCUGAGAAAGAUAUGUUGCGUGGAGUUGAUCUAGUAUCUGAUUCUAGUAGAAAUUUCGAAUGGCAUGAUUAUGAAAGACUUGUGUCUAUUGUUAAACACGAUUUGGAAAGUUUAGAGUAUAAUAUAUAUCAUACAUGGAUGAAAGAAUUAAAGAAACGAUUAUCCAAAAUGGUCAUUCCCUCUGUGAUUGAAAGUCAAUCAUUACCCGGUUUUAUAACGAGUGAAAGUAAUCGAUUUCUUACAAAAUUCAUAACUGGUCCUGCAGCACCUGCAUUCAGCAUGGAUGAUCUUCUCAACUUCUUAAAUAAAGUUUGGAAAGCAAUGAAAUCAUAUUAUGUAGAAAUGUCUAUUAUUCAACAAGUUGUUACUGAAUUAUUGAAACUUGUUGGAGUGACUUCAUUUAAUGACUUGUUAAUGAGACGUAAUUUCUGCUCUUGGAAACGAGCCAUGCAAAUUCAAUACAAUAUCACGAGAAUUGAAGAGUGGUGUAAAAGCCAUGAAAUGCCUGAAGGUACACUUCAAUUAGAACACUUGAUGCAAGCUACUAAACUUUUACAACUUAAAAAGGCUACGUUGGGAGACAUUGAAAUAAUUUACGAUGUUUGUUGGAUGUUGACACCGUCUCAAAUUCAAAAACUUAUAAGUCAUUACUUUGUAGCUGACUAUGAGAACCCGAUUAGCCCCGAGAUUUUGAAAGCUGUCGCAAGUCGAGUAACUGCGAAUGAUAGGAAGGAUAUUUUAUUACUUGAUACAACACCGUUGGAAGAUUCGGGUCCAUUUGAAGUUCCUCUUCCGCGUGAAGUGCAUCCUCCUGAUCACUAUGUACCGGCAUGGUUGGAUUUACCACAUAUUAGACGGCUUGGGGCUUUAUCGGCUUAA